AAUUCUGUUGUGUGUUUGCCGCCAAGAGAUUGCCUGGCUCUGCUCGAGUCACGAAGACUAUGAGUACCACACCAGAAGUAAAGCUGCCGGUUGUAGACAUCAAGGAUGAGGAAACAGAGGAAAGAAAGAAGAUGAAGAAGCAGGUGAAGCUGUCCCUGGCCGAGGAGACCCGGAGCUGGGCCCUGAACCAGGAGGUGUCCCGGCUACUGGAACAGAUCCCGCAGAUCAACGACUCUUUCUCCAUCGUGAGGAAGAUUGGGGAAGGUACAUUCAGCAGCGUGUACCUGGCCACGCUCAAGCAGAUGCCCCGGCUGAAAAGGCACUUUGCCCUCAAACACAUCAUCCCCACCAGCCAUCCCGACAGGAUGGAGACAGAGCUGCACUGCCUGCAGGAGAUCGGGGGGAAAGACAAUGUCAUGGGCAUGCUGUUUGCUGUGAGGGGAGAAGACAGCUUUGUGGUGGGCAUGCCCUACUUCCCACACGAGAGCUUCCACGAGUACCUGCCAAAGAUGAGUUUGAACGAGGUCAGACAUUACAUGGAGAACCUCUUGAUUGCACUGCGGCAGGUUCAUCAGUUUGGGAUCAUACAUCGCGAUGUCAAGCCCAGCAACUUCUUGUACAGCCGCAUGGAGAAGAAAUACAGCCUUGUUGAUUUUGGCCUGGCCCAGCCAGAACAGAAGACAUCAGACAAGCACCCUGCACCAGUGAAAAGAAGUCGUCCAGAGUCUGCAGUCUCGUCCUCACCAGCCAAGAAGAAGGCCCGCACUAGUGGUAGUAAGAGGGAAAAUGCUGCACAACUGGCCCCGCUACCCAAUUCAUCUGUUCUUGCACCAAAGCAGAGGGAUAUUAAUGUCCUGCACGAAAAGCAGACAGCUAGGGCCAACCUCCCAAAUGCAAAGCUAAAAGCUAGUGCUCUGCUGAAGAAGGCAGCUCUCAAACAGUGCCAAAACUCUUCCUUGAUGGCCCUCACAGCAAAAACGGCGGGUCAGCAACAGAAGAUGAGAAUCACAGUGAAGGACAGGACACGACAGAAAGCGUCUCAGCCUGCUUGUUCCUGCUCAGGUACACCUGACAUCUGCCGACUCUGCACAUCCAGACACCACCAGGUCGCUCCACGUGCCGGCACCCCGGGUUUCAGGGCCCCAGAAGUGCUCCUGAAGUGUCCGAAACAGACAACAUCAGUGGACAUCUGGUCUGCUGGAGUCAUCUUCUUGUCUCUUCUCAGCGGGCGCUACCCCUUUUUCCGAGCCAAAGAUGACAUGCAGGCCCUUGCACAGAUCAUAGCCCUCAUGGGAAGCCGGGAGGUGGCUAGCGCAGCCAAAGCCUAUCAUAAAGACUUGUAUGUUACUCCAACCAUCCCACCUAUGGACUUAAAGGACACAUGCUUGAGACUGCGCCUUGGCAGCAGGAUGUAUCAAGACAGCAAAGGUUCUCCCAGCCAAUCUCUGACUGGCGGUCGCAGGAGCUCACCCAACCAGAACAGACAUAAGUCUAGCCCUGCUCCUACAAAACAGGCAGAGGGGCUGGCAAGAGGGAAGAAGAAUAAGGGCUGGGACAACGUGCCUGACUCUGCAUUCGACUUGCUAGAGAAGCUGUUGGACCUGAACCCCGAUACACGCAUCACUGCAGAAGCAGCCCUCAGUCACGGCUUCUUUUCAAACAGUAGCUAAAGACUUUGUCUUGGUGGUGACCAUAAAAUUUCUCACUGCUGAGGCUGUGCUUCACCUUGACACCAGAUGUCUAUCUGUUAGCCUUUCAUGUUUAUGUAUUUAUGAUGUGCAAGUUGUCACACUUCUCAUAUUAGUGUAUAAUGUUGUUACUGGGUUGCUUGUAUUGUUUGAGCCUUAGUGCUAUCUUAGUUUACCAGUCUAACUAGGAUGGCCUACAGGCUACAAAUGUUGAUCCGAAAUGAGCAAUUUUUAUCAAAUUUUAGUAGCUAACAAUGUAUUUAACAUGCAUUUUAAUUUGUCUGUGUGAAAGAAUAUGCUUUCAUCUUUUAUGCCAGAGCAUUUGUUUUUUUAUCAUGUGCUGAACAUUAUGUUCACUGUUCUGUCUACAUUGGUUUUAAGAAUCUACCUACUUUUAGGAAAUCUUUGACACUGCAAGUACCAUAUGUUAUUGAUGAACUGAACAACUAUGUGCAGAGGUAAAGCAAAUAACAUUGAUUGAGGAAAAGUAAAGGUUUUUGACUA